AUGGCGCAGACAGGGAGUUCUUACAACGCCCCCUUGAAGAAGUUUAAGCUAGUCUUUCUCGGCGAACAAAGUGUUGGGAAGACGUCCUUGAUCACCCGUUUCAUGUACGACUCGUUCGAUAAUAUGUACCAAGCUACCAUUGGGAUUGACUUCCUCUCCAAGACCAUGUAUCUAGAAGACCGAACCGUGCGGCUACAGCUUUGGGACACGGCAGGCCAAGAAAGAUUUCGGAGCCUGAUACCUUCAUACAUUCGAGAUUCGAGUGUUGCUGUAGUCGUCUAUGACAUCUCAAACGCGAAAUCAUUCCAAAACACAAGGAAGUGGAUAGAUGAUGUUCGAGCAGAACGCGGCAACGAUGUUAUAAUCGUCCUUGUUGGGAACAAGACAGACUUAAACGACAAGAGAGAGGUUACAACCCAACAAGGAGAGGAAGAGGCAAAAAAAAGUAACUUGAUGUUUAUUGAGACUAGUGCAAAACUCGGUCACAACGUCAAGACAUUAUUCAAACGGAUUGCUCAAGCCCUGCCGGGGAUGGAGGGUACCGAUGCCGCCGUACAGGCGUCAAAUCAAAUGAUCGAUGUAAAAGUCAAUAACGCGCAAACAACGCAGGAAGGGUGUGCCUGCUAA